UUUUCCCCCUGAGAGCUUCAUCUAUUGACAUUGCUUUUGCUGAACUCAGGUUUUUCAAGACCCACUUCUCUCCUAGGCUCAGUUUCACCUUGCCAUCUGUAGUUGGCCAGUUUUGGUCACAGAAGAGGCCACAUCUGCCUCCUGUAGGCCUCUUGGUCGGAAGUAUGCACCGCUGGUUGCUCCUGCUAUGGGCACAGGGGCUGGGGCAGGCUGUCCUCCUCACCUCAGGAGCUAGGACAGGCAUACUAAUAACAAAAGGGAACAUUUCUGCAGAGGAAGGUGACUCUGUCCUCUUACAAUGCCUCCUUUCCUCCACCAUGGCUAAUGUGACUCAGGUCAACUGGGAGCAACAGGAGCAACUUCUGGCCGUUUUCCACACUGCUUAUGGGUGGUAUGUGGACCCAAGCUUCAGGGAGCGGGUGAUUCCGCACCCCAGCUUGGGCCUCACCUUUCUGUCACUGACGAGGAAUGACACCGGGGAGUACUUGUGUAUCUACCAUACCUUCCCUGAUGGGAUUUACCAGGGAAGAAUCUUCCUGGAGGUCCGAGUUCGCUCAGUGAGUAAGAGCAGUACCUGGGUCCUUGUUCUACUGCUGGGAGCCAUGGCCACAGUGCUGGGGGUCAUCUGCAUGGCAGUUAUCAGGGUGGUCAUAUUGCCAAGAAAGAAGAAACCUCUCACAAUCACUUCUGUGGAAAGUGGACCAAGAAGCAUGCCAGCUGCGCUACAGGCACAGAGUCCCAGCAUUCCCUCUUCCCCCAGAAGCUGUGUUCAGGGGGAAGCCAGCCCUGCUGGCCCCUGUGGACAGGAGAGGGAAGAUGAUUAUGCUGAGCCACAUGACUACUUUAACAUCUUGAGUUACAGAAGCCUGGCGAGCCUCAGCUUCUUAGCAGACACUGAUUAGUGACUAGAGACAUUUUCUGCCUUUGUUGUCCAGGUGGAUAUAUAAUCCUCUGUACUGCCCAGCCUGCGUGUGCGUGUGUGUGUGUGUGUGUGUGUGU